AUGUAUCGAGAGAAAGAGCGCGCGAGGCGGGAUACCGAGGGGCAGGUGGGAAGCGGCGGCACUGGCAGCAGCAUCGGCACUGGCACUGGCGGUGGUGGCGGUGGUGAUGGCACUGGCGGUGGCGAUGGUAGAAGUGGUAGAGUUGGUGGAGGUAGUAGUGGUGGUGGUGGUGGUGGUAAUGGUAAUGGGAGUGGAGGCGGCGUCGGCGGAGGCGGCGGCGGUGAUGACGAUGACGACGACGACGACGACGAGGGCGACGACGAGGGCGACGACGAGGGCGACGACGAGGGCGACGACGAGGGCGACGACGAGGGCGACGACGAGGGCGACGACGAGGGCGACGACGAGGGCGACGACGAGGGCGACGACGAGGGCGACGACGAGGGCGACGACGAGGGCGACGACGAGGGCGACGACGAGGGCGACGACGAGGGCGACGACGAGGGCGACGACGAGGGCGACGACGAGGGCGACGACGAGGGCGACGACGAGGGCGACGACGAGGGCGACGACGACGACGACGGGGUGAUGGCGGUGGGAAGGAGAGGGGAGGAGACAUCAUUGUAG